ACUGUUGCUAUAGCUACCACACAAUAUACCUAGCUAGGCUACUCUGUGUUUUGUUUGAGGUAAGAAUGGCUGCUAGCACAAGCACUGCUCGUCGUAUUGACUCCAUUAAAGAUGAGAUAGAUGAGUUAAAGAAGAAGCUCACUCUCCUGGAUGGUGACAAGAAGGCCCAUUAUGAGAACACACAGUUUGAAAUGGAAAAGAACAGGACACAGAUACAACAUCUGAGACGAGAGAACAAAGAGCUAAGGAUGAAACUGGCAAGGAAAAUGGCUGCUGAUGAUGAUGUGGUGGGUUCAGUUUUUAAAGAAAAUAACAUGAGGCCACCUCCAGACCUCAGAGGUUUGCCUGCUCAUGAGGCUCACAGCAGGUUUGAUCAGGCUGUUUGUGAGCUGAUAAAGAAGAGAAAUGCCCUCCAAUACACAGCAAGGAAUAAGCAGCGACAGCUUGAGUCUUUACAAAAAGAGCUUGCCCACAUGAAGAGUGAGACAGAAGCCAUUGCUAGCACUCCAGCAGGAGAGAGUGAGAAUGCAAAGAAGCUAAGGGCACUAGAGAACCAGUUGGAUAGGGCCAUCAUCCAGUCUAAUGAAGCUAAUCAGAUACAGAAGAUAUACAAAGGAAUAUUAGAGAAAAUGCAACUAGAGAGGUUGAAUUAUGAUAAUGAAAUAUCUGAACUCAAGAAAUCUAUCAGCUCAAGAAAGAAGAACCUUCUGGGGCUACAAUCAAUGAAUAAUGAUGCUGAUACUGCAAGAGAAAUGACUAAAGCUGAGUUACAAAAUCAAGAGGUAAUGGUGGCUGAGAGUAAGAAAAUAAGAGAGAAGACACUUGAUAGUUAUCGGAAGAAAGCACAAGAGAAAAAAGACCUCGCAGAGAAAGUGGAAAAAAGAGUGCAGUUGAGAAGAAUAUCAAUAGCUCAAGAAUCUGCAGCUCAAUUAUCUGAAGGUGAUGAUCAAAGUAUUCAGGAACAGGAAGAAAAGAUCACUUCUUAUGAAGAGGCUUUUGCUAAAAUCAAAGAUGCAACUGGUGUUUCGGAUAUACAGGAGGUUGUUGAUAGAUUCCUGAACCAGCAGGAGACACGGACUCACUUAAAUGAACUGAAGGAUGAACACACUAAACAACUGGCCAGACUCAAGGAGGAAAAGGAUAAGUUGCAAGCUCAGUUUGAAGAGAUGAAGUAUUCCGGUGAAGAAAGGAUGUCCAGUGGUCAGAGGCUACUGGAAGAAGUGCAGUCUCACCUCAGUGAAGCUAAAGCUAGGUGCACUGAUAGUGAUUCUAAAGCUGACAGAGCUGGUAGACUAUUAGGACAAGUUAAAGCAGGAAUAACACACCUUUCAGAGAAACUGCAGCACAUUAAAGCACCUCAUACUCAUGUUCUUAAGCCUCAUCUUGAGCCCGGGAGCGAAGAGGGUAUCAUUGAAAUGCUAGGAGAAUGCGAAGUGAAGCUGGUGUCACUCGUUGAAGAACUAGGAUCAAGGGAUCUUGAUACAAUACAAAAAGAAAUGGAGGAUGAAGAGUUUCGUCAAACAGUUGAAGGUGGGUCUUACACAGCUGGAGGAACUAAUGUCCGUAUUGUACUACCUAAGGAUAACACUGGGGCCCAACGAGGGGAACUGUAUGAUGAGAGUGAUGAUGAAGAUGAAGGACUCAUGAGAGAGACGAUGAAGAGAGAGACUCAACUGCUGGUGGACUCUAAGACUAAGAAGAAACCACAAGAUGACGAAGAGGAAGAAGAUAACAAAGGGAAACAGAAAAGACGCUAAAGCCUAACCAACUAACUUUGCCUAUACAACAUACAUCAUUAUUAUAAUAGAUAUCAUUAUACUGUAUUGGUUUUAUUAUAGAAUAACUCUUAUUGUGGCAGCA